UGUGUCUCAAUAAGUAAAUACUGCAUGUGAGGCGUGAUGAAGUACAUAACGGUCUUGUCAAGCUCAAUAUAUAUACUUCUAUCAACACAAGUAUCAGCAUGGAACACGAUACUGGACGGCAUCGCGGGUUUCCUGAGAGACUCCGCUGAACUGUAUAAUGGAGAACCUCCCGAUGCUAAGACAAUUCGUUCGGAGUACGACUUCAUUAUUAUCGGAGCUGGUACCGCUGGGUGCGUACUCAGUAACAGGUUAACAGAAGUUGAGAAAUUCAAGGUGCUGCUCAUAGAGGCUGGUGACGCAGAGCAAAUAUUUAUGGACAUACCAAUCGUGGCCACGAUGCUACAAUUUACAAACGCCAACUGGGACUAUCACACGGAACCUCAAAAGGCCGCUUGUAUGGGCAUGCGUUCUGGACGAUGCUCUUGGCCGAGAGGCAAAGUCGUUGGGGGAUCUUCCGUACUACAUUCUAUGAUGCAUACGCGAGGUAAUCGAAGAGAUUAUGACAAAUGGGCUGCAAAUGGAAACACAGGUUGGGAUUAUAACAGCGUGUUAAAAUAUUUCAAGAAGUCAGAGAACAUGCAAAUUGAUGAAUUGGCUAAGGACAUUAAAUAUCAUUCAACGAAAGGUCCAAUUAACAUACAAAACUCUCAUUGGCGAACACCACUAUCUGAUGCAUUUUUGCAGGCAGGAGUAGAAACCGGAGGCAAGAUUGUCGACUAUAAUGGAGAAAAACAAAUUGGAUAUUCUCACAUCCAAUUCACGAUGAAAAAUGGCACAAGAAUGAGCGCGAGCCGGGCUUUUCUUCACCCGAUUAAAAACCGUGAAAACUUUCAUAUAAUCAAGAAAGCGAUGGUUACGAAAAUUCUUAUAAACCCCUGGAAAAAACAAGCUUAUGGUGUAGAAUUUGUAAAAGAGGGAAAAAAGUAUCGUAUCAAAGCAAAACGAGAAGUAAUUUUAUCCGCAGGCGCUAUUAAUUCACCUCAACUUUUGAUGUUAAGUGGAAUUGGACCUAAAGGACACUUAACUGAGAAAAAUAUUACGACUCUUAUCGAUCUCCCGGUGGGAUAUAACCUCCAAGAUCAUUGGGCACUAGGUGGCCUUACUUUUCUUAUUAAUAGUACUGAUUCAAUAAGGUUCGAAAAUAUAGCUACUCUGAACAACGUUAUUGAUUACUUCUCGCAACAUACAGGACCUCUAUCAGCACCAACGGGAACAGAAGCUCUAGCAUUUAUUAAUACCAAGGAUGAAAAAAAUGAAGACGGCUACCCUGAUUUAGAACUUAUCUUUGUUGGUGGUUCUUUAGUUUCUCAAUCAGCAUAUAAAUAUGCAUUUUCUAUAGACGAAAAUAUAUAUGACGCAGUUUAUAAGCCCAUACAUGACAGACAUACUUGGAUGGUGUUUCCUAUGUUGCUACUUCCUGAAUCGAGAGGCCGUAUAGCUCUGGGAAGUAAUAACCCGUUUGAUAAACCUAUAAUAUAUGCUAAUUAUUUCACAGACGGAGGUCACGAUGAAAAUAUCAUAUUGUAUGGCAUAAGAAAAACCAUACAACUGUCUAAAACGAAAGCCUUUCAGAAAUUUGGUAGCAAAUUACACGAUAUUCCAAUACCUCGAUGUGCACAUCACAGAUUCGAUUCAGACCCUUACUGGAUAUGUGCAAUGAAAACAAUAACAAACACUAUAUACCAUCACUGCUGCACUGCAAAAAUGGGACCGAGUAGUGACCCAGAAGCUGUGGUAGAUUCCCGUUUAAGAGUACACGGAAUCAAGAGGCUUAGGGUAGUCGAUGCGAGUGUUAUGCCUCAAGUUCCAGCGGGUCACACAAAUGCACCAACUAUGAUGGUAGCCGAAAAUGCGGCUGAUAUGAUAAAAGAAGAUUGGGGAAUUCCAAUAUAGAUAAAAAUAUAAUACUAAAAUUAAUUAAAUAAAUAAAUAACUCACUAUUUAAAACCCUUAUUUUAAGUAUUAGUAAUUAACAAAUUCGUAGCAUUAAAUCUAAAGUGUAUGUACGAAUAAUAAAUUAGAAAACGUCAAAUUUGAUUAUGAAACCGAAUUCCAAGCUAAAGUAAAGGCUUAGAAAGUCUUGAACAAUUAUUAUAAAAAUAACUUUAUACGAUGUAAUAACAUUGAACCUUAAUAAUGUUGUUAUUUGUUUUUCUUUUUUUUAUUUACAUGCAGUAUCAUUCGUUAUUUAAUUUCCAAUACACUACAGUUGUAAUAUUUGUUAAUUUCAUCAAUUUGCAUGUU